UCAUGAAAGUACUCGUAGUCUUCGCCUUGGUUUUGGCAACCGCCGCCGCCGGUCUGCUGCCCCAACAGGAGCCAAUCUCCCCCAGUAACCUGUCCGACGUGUCCUUGAUGGAGGGUCGGAUCACCAACGGCAAUAAAGCCUCCACCGGUCAGUUCCCCUACAUAGUGGGACUCUCCUUCGUAAUCUGGUGGUGCGGUGGAUCCAUAAUCAGUAACGAAUAUGUGCUGACCGCUGCCUCAUGCGUUUCCGGCUAUUCAGUGACCAUCUACUACGGCUCCACCACUCGCGAAAAAGGCAAGCUGACCCACACCGUUGACCCAACCAACAUUAUUAUCCACGAGAACUACAAUUCGUUUUGGAGGACGAACGACAUUGCCCUAAUCAAGACCCCAUAUAUAUCCUUCACCAAGUAUAUCCAGAAGGUUAAGCUGCCCGCCUACGACGACACUAAUAUCUACCCCACAUACGCCGGAGAUUGGGCCACCGCCUGCGGAUGGGGCAACACCAAAACUUUCGCUUACGAUUAUUCCAAGGCCCUUAGGUACGCGACUUUCGAAAUUAUCACCCUCCAAAAAUGCCUGGAAUACUACGAGGCCAAUGUCGCUAACACCAAGACGAUCUGCGUUAAAACCACUGACAAGACCUCAACCUGCAUCGGCGACGGUGGCGGCCCAUUGGUCCGAGGUGACCUGCUCAUUGGAAUCGUGAUGAAUUUCGUGUCCAAAAAUGGUUGUCAGGCUAAUGACCCUGCCGUCUUUAUUCGGGUGACUAGCUACUUGGGCUGGAUUGGGUCAAAGACUGGUAUCUACUACUAA